GGCAGUUGGUGCAGCUGGUGUGCGAGUCCCAACGUCACGCUGGCGGCGCGCCAGCCCGGUGCUGCUUCACGGUGUCAAAUUGUCCCUCCUUGUUGAAUUCCUUUGCCAGCCUACUUUGUGAAAGAAAACAUUGGGGUUUCUUUGGCUGUUCUUGAUAAGCCUAUAAAAAAAAAGUGACAUGUUUUAGUUGCUUCUAGUUGCUGAAGUAAAGGAACCCUGCAGCCUUCCCAUGCUAUCUGUUGACAUGGAAAACAAGGAAAAUGGCUCUGUCGGUGUAAAAAAUUCCCUGGAUAACGGGAGACCACCCGAUCCUGCAGACUGGGCCGUGGUGGAUGUUGUCAAUUACUUCCGGACAGCGGGAUUUGAGGAACAAGCUAAUGCUUUUCAAGAACAGGAAAUUGAUGGAAAAUCCCUGCUAUUGAUGACAAGAAAUGAUGUGCUGACAGGACUUCAGUUAAAGUUGGGGCCUGCUCUGAAAAUCUAUGAGUAUCAUGUAAAACCUCUGCAGUCAAAGCAUUUAAAGAACAACUCUUCAUAGUACAGUCAAAUUGGGGUCUCAGACCUCAAAAAUACAUAAUGACAUAAUUUAGUUUCAUGUGAUGAAACUUUGUAAACAGAAUACAUACAUGUGUAUAUGUAAAGAAUUUCAACCAAAUGAAACGUUAUCCUAUUGGAUAGACUAGGCAAUCCAUCAGCUGACCUGAAUUCAGCUAGGAGGAGCAAGGAGAACAGGUGGAUAGGAUGGUUUUCCUUGUGGAGUUUGUCAAAGAGAGUACAAAGAAAUCAAUGUUUGACAUGAGUAGAUACCCUUCCCCAGAAAAGCUUUGAGGUCAUAAGGACAUUAUUCGUUUCUUCAUAGAUGGCUUUCCCAAAAUUCUUUUAAAAAUUCAAUGGGAUGAGCAUGUUUUGAUUACAGACUUGGGGAGGGGGAGAAAGAGAAAGAGAUUGCUGUCUCCCUUGACUUCCUCUGCUCCUUAGAGCUUGUGUUACUGGGAUGGAAUUGCUGACACCCUUUUUUACAGAGGGUCCUACACUUGACCUUAUUAAGGUUUCACUGGAAUAUGCUGCGAUUUUUGAAAUGAACAUGCAUCUUGGCCCCUUUAGAAGCAGAACCAUAGCUCUGAAAAGAAAAACUCUGUUGUGUAUUGGGGAUAUCCAUCCAUAUUCAGCUGGCUUUCACAGGGGGUAAUGGUAUUUUCUACAUAGAAUUGCUUUUAAAUUGGUUGUUUCAAAAAAAAAGCAUUAUUUCACUUUAUGGUUGUAUUUAUAAUAAUUUGUUUCUGAAGAAAUUUGCCAAGAGUUACAGAUCAAAAAGCCUUGUUACCAGUACAGAAUAUUUUUAUAUACAUUCCUUCAUGAUGGUGUGAUAUUUUUAAAAUUGCUCUGAUGCUUUGUUUGAUUCCUGGUUUGAGUACUUGUUUUUAAGAACUUGAAAAGGUGGGGUUGCUACAUCUCUGUUCAAAGAGACAUUUGUUCAAUCUCUGUGUGUUGAUACCUUGUUGGAUUGUGUUUUGUGGUUGCAAUAAAGCAUUGCUUCAGUUUA